AUGCCGCACGUGCCAUCGUAUCGAAUGGAAGAAGCAACCAAACCUUUGCAGCCCGUCAACGGGCAGAAACGCAAAAGAAAAACAAAAUCAAAAUUCACUGCAUCACAACAGAAAAAUGAAAAAUUUGACAAUUCUACAGAAUCAGCGGUGAUACCGGAAAAGAAAGCGGUAUCACCAACCAAGUUAGCUAAAUUACAGGGUAACUCUGUUGGCACAAAGACCAAAGGGAAACUAGAAAAUUCUGCAGAUUCUGAAGUGUCUCGGGAAAAGAAAUCAGUGUCACCAACAAAGACCGCUAAAAUACAGAGUAACCCAGUAGGUAAAAAGACCAAACGUAAACUAGACAAUUCUGCAGACACAGCGGCAACAUCAGAAAAGACAGCAGUGACUCCAGCAAAGGUAGCUAAAACACAGAAUAAAACCAUUGGUACGAAGUCCAAACAGGAGGAUGGUAAAUUGGAGGGCAAUGACAGAUUCCCGAUAUUAAAGAACCAAGAAUUGAUCAGCAAGUUCCUUAAAGUACCUAUGUCUAACAAUCAGAAAGGACGAAUCCGUCAAGCGAUCAAAGCUUCAUUACAAGGUACAUCAAAUACCAUACAACCAGAGAUAAUACAUAACAAAAUCCAAUCCAUCCUCAAUGAAUCACCAAACCCUACCGACUCACAACUCCGUAGGAUCCGUAUACUCUAUAACCUCCUCAAAACCUCUCUAGAGGGCAAAGACAAGAAGGUUGAAUUCAAACCGAAAGUCAAAGUAGAAAAAGAUAAACCUGAGAAAAAGGAGAAAAUAAAGAAAGAGACAGAAGAUGGCUCAACAGAGAAGGAGAAAGAGGGAAAGAACGAUAAGGGGGAGAAAAAAGAACAGAUUGCGAAAAAGGUUAAAGGUCCAAAGAGGUAUGUUGUGUUCUUGGGGAACUUACCGCUGGAUAUUGAUAAGGACAAGAUUAUGAACCACUUCUCAGAGAUGAACGAGCAUAUUGUAGAUAUACGUAUUCCCAAAGCUAUGGACGGAAAGAAGAGUGCCAUCGCUUAUUUAGAACUCAGCAACGAACCGAGCUAUGAGUUCGCGUUAUCAAAACACCACUCCAUGUUGGGUAAUAAAAGGAUCAACGUGUUAUACACGGCGCCUAAGAACGGAAAGCAGAGCAAAACUAGUGCAAAGGGUAAAUCAGCUAAAUUAAUUGCCCUACAGAAAUCGGGGAAGUUGGUAGGCAGUAUCCCCUUAGCAAAGAAAAGGAGUCAACGUCGGCUGAAAAUGAAACAAGCCCAAGCAAAAUUGGCCGCUGAAACUGCCUGAAAGACUAUAAAAACACUCCGC